AUGCAACCACUACCGCAGAUUCAGAUGCCUCCUGCACAAUUUCAAGUUGACAGUGGCCGAAGCGUCAACCUCAAUCUUCAGCUCCCUAGCUGUUGCCACUGCUGCUGUUGCUCCAGUCACGGAUUGGCGCAUCAACGGAAACUUGGGGGCCAGGCGUGCUGCUUCUACCACUUGACGACGAGCAAGGGAAAGCAACUGGGGCGUCGGCCUUAUCCAUCAGGACCGCCACCACCUUGCGUCUUCUCCCCGUGUCUCACUCAACGUCAGCUGAAACUCCUUGGACAGCUAUUCCCAACAACUGAGCCUUCACCUAUCGCAGCUGCCUCUCCAACUUCUGUUCGCUCCAGGAGAGAAUCGUACCACCAGAGAGAAGGGUUUCCAGAAAACCAAGAACAACCGAGUGAUCAGCCGAUACCAACGGUAACUUUUCCACCGUCCCCAAUUCAACCAGCUGAACCUAGAAUCUUACAACCAUCGCACUUUCAACCACCAGCGUAUCAAGAGCCACAGCAAAUGGCCAACGAACCACGAACCCUGCCGGCGACCGUUUCUCCCCAGGAAACAAUUAGGACCCCGCCGGCGUCCGUUUCUCCCCAGGAAACAAUCAGGACCCCGCCGGCCGCCGUUCCUCCCCAGGAAACAAUCAGGACAAGAAGUCCACCAAUAAAGCCAAAGGAUCACCUGAGUACAGGAAGAAGACAAGCGGUUACCCAAAGAACAAACGCCACCCGAGAACGAUUGGAACACGAAGCAGCAGGAACAUUUUGGAAAGGAGAGACUCUUCUAAAGACUGCAGGGCCGUUGCCCACGCACAUCGCGUCCCCUGUGAUUGUCCGUUCUGACUCUCCUGCUGGGACGCAGCAGCGAACGCAACAGCAGAAGGAGCAGCAACAGCAGCACCAGCACGAGCAGCAUUACCAGCAGCAGCACCAGCACCAGCACGAGCAGCAGCAGCACCAGCACGAGCAGCACCAGCAGUACGAGCAGCACCAGCAGUACCAGCAGUACCAGCCACGCCAGCAGCAGCAACCGCAGCAGCAGCCGCAGCAGCAACCGCAGCAGCAGCCGCAGCAGCAACCACAGCAACAACAACACAUUGGGCAGGAAGAUACAGAAUACAAAAGGGAAGGCUGGCAUUUGCAGUUCCCCCAAAUCCAUCUGCCUCCAUCACAAGUGCUCACAGUCUGCGAGAAAUCGCCUUCUAGCUAUCAAUUCAGGCAAACGGCAAUUUCUGAAAUGGAGCCUCAAGAGGUUUCCAUCCAAGCUACUAAGAAACAAGUUUCAAGUACGCCAACCUAUCAUACAAUUGCCCCUAUCACCCAACAAACCGGAAUCGCUGGAAUUGGUGGACCGGUAGUGUAUCAACUUGACAAUCAAUUCCCUGGACUUUUGUUGAAAAACAAGUGCUGUGUAUGUGGAUGGUUCUGUGGGUGCCCACGAACAAACUAUUAA